AUUCAUUUAUGUAAAAACGAAAGGGAAGAAGUAUGGUCUCGGUGAUGCAGCCGUUCAUGGAUGUGGAGAGCUCCAGAAGUUACAUCGAUGAACUGUAUUCGCCAGAUCCCCAGAAAUGCUUGGAAGCUAUCAUUUGCCUGAAGAAUUCCGUGAUUGGAAGUAAUAGGCAAAAGGGUUCAGUGAUAGCUCAAGGCGUGGUACCUCGAUUAUUGCAACUCCUCGGUGAUUCGUCUGGGACAAUCGGUGAUCGCAUAAGGCUCGAAUCUGCAGUGACGUUGGGUUCAUUGUCCAAAGGGACGGAUCAGCAUGUAUUGGCGCUUAUAGAUCUCGGUGUAGUGCCGUUGCUUUUUCAGGUUUUAUUAUCGACGCCUGCCUCGGUGGGCGCGCCUCCAGAAGGAAAGCUAAAAGUGACAGAUCUGUUGAACGAGGCGUGUUUACGUUGUUUACGGACAGUAUUUCAACACCCGGCGGCGCCGGUUCAUUCGAUAUACCAGGAUCCCGCCCUGGUGCCUAGAUUAGUAUCGUUAGCAAACACAUCUGUAACAUGUCAAAUUUGUGUGGCGACAAUUUUAACAACAUCAUGUAAGACAAUGGAGGAGCAGAUUGCGUUGUCGGAAGGGGGCGCCAUAGAAACGUUGGCGAUGCAGUUGGACUCUCCGUUACCCGAGGUGCAAUUAUCAGCUUUGGCUUGUAUGGCGAAUAUGUGUUAUAAAAAUCAUGUGGUGUGCAUCUUGCUCGCCUCGGCGACUACCAGCAACACGAUGCAGGGUAGACUCGUGCCUGUGGCGUUAGGCCAGUUAAUGGGCCGUGAGAAAAGUUCGUUGAUUCAGCUCGAAGCUGCGCGAUGCAUCACGUACAUGCACAGAACCGGGGUUCUAAUGUGCAACAAUCCACGAAUAAUAUACCGUGCUUUGCCUUGUCUGGUGAGACUUUGCCAUCGGGAUCGUCCGCCGCGCGAAAGAGUGGUCGCAGCUGAGACACUGGCUUUCCUUACGGAAGUCAAUACCGAAUUGCAACGUCUAGCCUCUAUUAGUAAUCAUUUAAUACCGACACUCGCGGAACUGUUACGACCGCAUCCACACGUACAAGAUGCAACCCUAACGCAGGACAUGCGACAAGCUGCGUUCAGAGCGUUUGCAUCACUUGGUGCGAACGACGAAGAUAUACGAAAACGUAUCAUAGAGACGGAAAGUCUUAUGGAGCAAGUAGUGUCAGGCCUACAGGACCCUGGCGGUUCUCACGUGCGUCUGGCAGCGGUCAGAUGCCUGCAUUCUCUCUCUAGAAGCGUUCAACAACUUCGUACUACUUUUCAAGACCACGCUGUCUGGAGACCGUUAAUGCAGUUGUUGCACGGAGCGGAUAAGGGAUUGGAGGGUAGAGGCGAAAGCGAAGUUGAUUUAUUAACUGUUGCCUCGAGUACAUUAUGUAACUUAUUAUUGGAAUUUAGUCCGAGCAAAGAACCGAUCCUCGAGUCCGGCGGAAUAGAAUUGCUGUGCUCGCUCACGAAACGGUGCACGCCGGCAUUGCGAUUGAACGGGAUCUGGGCAUUGAUGAAUGUGGCGUUUCAAGCUGAACAACAAGUCAAGCUGCAGAUCCUGUCGUGCUUGGGCACCGAUCAGAUCUUUUGCCUACUGGCCGACCAAGACAUACCGGUUCUGAUGAAGACGUUGGGUCUGUUGCGAAAUUUACUAUCGACGAAAGCUCACAUCGACCGAAUAAUGGGCGAUCAUGCUGCUCACGUGAUGCAGGCUGUUAUAUUGGUCCUGGAAGAUCCGAGGCAUCCACCGGACGUAAAAGAACAGGCUCUCUGUAUUUUGGCGAACGUAGCCGACGGCAAUCGAGCGAAAGAUCACAUUAUGGCCAACGAAGAUGUGCUAAAAAAACUUACGGAUUAUAUGAUGCAUAACAACGUGAAGCUGCAGGUCGCAGCGGUGCUUUGUGUGUGCAACCUAGUCUGGCGGGAGGAACCCGGAGCUGCGCAACGGCAAGCACGUUUAAGAGAAUUAGGCUUUUAUCGUAUUUUACAACAAUUGCGGCAUAGCAAGGAUCUUCAGUUAUUUGAUAAGGUCAGAACUGCCAUGGCACAAUUCUACGAUGCCUAAACCGCAAAAUACGUUACCGAUGCGAAUUAGGUUUUUGAUUUAGAGUUCUUUUAUACUUGAAAUACAAUUAUAUUUUGGUGUUAACUCUGUGAUCCUGUACUUUGUUAAUGCAUAAGCAUUUUAUAUUUAUAUAUAGAAAGAAAGAAUGAAAAAAAAUGAAUACAAAAACCGAUAAUCUCUCCCGACGAUCUAAUCUGUUCAUAUUGUAUGUAUUUUUAAUUUAAACGAGAAAGCGAUAACGAAUGCUUCUUCUGUAUAUUUAAACGGAACAAAAGUGUAUGUAGCGCAUAACGAUUGCUUCGGAAAACUAUGUUCUAAACCGCGAAUCGUUUGACUAACGACAAUGAUAUUAGAAAGCGAUCGUACGACGACAAAUUCGAAUCGCGCGAAGUAAUAAGAAAUUACAAAUGUCUGUAUGAUAUACAUAUGUACUUUUAACCUCAACGACCAUAUUU